UUCGGGCUUUCCUGAUGGAGUUGUAUGUAUUUUUAAAGUCGAUGGUCUCCUCUAUAAAACACAUCUGGUGUAAUUUAUUAUGUAGGUUAGCUAGUUUCUGACAUUUAACUGGCUGGCUGUUCCAAAUGUCUCGAGCUAGCUAGCUAAUUAUUAACGUUACCUUGGCUAAAUACAGUAACUUAAAGUAAUGUUAACUAAUAUUCCUGCAGGCUUUAAAAAGCCACACCCGACUGGGGUGUGGCUGUUUAACGUUAACAGUUUAAACAGUUUAAAGUGUCACUGUUUAGUUUUUGCUGAAAUCACACGGGUCCAGAGCAUGACGCUGCCAGGGACUUCUCACCCAAGCUAUAACGCUAACAAGUGUUAAGGUAAAUUCGGCAUGUAUAACGUUAUAAUACACCAACUAACUAAAUACUAUUUUAAAGUAAAUCCACGAUAACCUUUACGUUUUGUUCAGCAUUAACUGUAACAUAAAGUAACGUUACUUAAGUUACACCAAACGUCCAUUGUGGUUUUAAAGUUUAUUUUUGCUGUAUUUAUUAUCAAAAUUACACCACGUAAAAUUCGUUUGCGAGUGGCGCAAGUUACCAGCUCUAUUUAUAAAGUCGGCAUGAAACGUGGUAACGUUAAUAUAAUAACGUUAGGUUAGAAGUUAGCGGUUCAAAAGCGACUCAUAACACAGCCAUUAAUGUGAACGUUAGCUAACGUCUGAUAACAUCAAGUUGCUGCAGUUGCUCUGCCGUUAUUGGAAACCCCGUAACAAGUGGUGCACCUAACAGUUGAGUUGUUACUUUAUUUCGUAUCUAUGAGCCAUAUGCCCGUUGUAUGCUUGUAGCUCAGCUGUGUGUUAUUUUAACCAGUAACGUUAUGUUGAACGCGCUGGAAACAGUGUGUGUGUGUGUGUGUGUGUGUGUGUGUGUGUGUGUGUGUGUGUGUGUAUGUCUCGUUAGCCCCAAAUAUCUCAUAAAGCUGGGAAUAUUGCACAGCUAGUCAAUGGAGUGCCCAUGCCUUGUGUUACUGCCACAAAAACAGGAAGAAUUUCUGAGUAUGAUGUCGCCUCUCUGCCUUCUCUUAUCAGACUUAUUAAGCUACCAGCAGUUCUGUGUGAGGUAAAAACUAAGCUUAAGCUACAGUUAGCAGUGUUCUGAUAUUUAUAUAUUGCGGCAGCUGAUAUGAAAUAUACAUUGGAUAUAGAUGUGAAUGUCUGUGUUGACUGUGCAAAUUACCUUGCUUAUUUAGCUAUGUAUUACUUUUUUCAGCUCACAUAUGACAACCUGGAAUCUAUCAAAGUCCUUGUUACCAGUUUUAAAGAUGAGAAAGAGACUUGUAAAAAAAUUCUCUAUGUUAACAGUGCCAUGGAUCUCGUAGAUCAAAGCCUCGCCCAGCAAACGGGCUGUGUGCUUGAUAGAUUAUUAAAGUAUAACACUGAUUUCAUGGAAUAUAUUGAUGUUGACACCAAUGUAGACGUAAAGGACUUUGAUAGAUUCCAUGUCUUCAUGUCAGCAAGAGGACCCCAGAUGGAAACCUGUCUUAGGGAGACUAAUCAAAAUCAGCCUACCACUAACAUGGAAGAACACAGUCAGCCCCUCCAGUCACUACUUCAGAAGAAAGCUCCACAGAUUCUUACAGAGUAUGAGACUACAGGUAUCCUGUCAGUGCCAUUGAGGAAGCUCCUUGUGAAGACGUGCAUAGGAGAUUUGGUGGAGAGGUGUGGUUUUUACCCUCUUAGUGCAGAGAAGUUGGCUGUAGCGAAAAGCAUCAUCACCACCUUCCCAUCCCUGAGUGUCAGAGUAGAAGGACAACGGGAAGGAUUUGAGCAUUACUAUGAUCCAGUCUCUCACUGUGGAUUCCUAGAGACUAAACUACGCAACCUUAGACGCAAUCUUGAGCAAGGGCAGAGGCGUUACAGGAAGCGAAAAGUGACCAAUGACUGCACUGGACCCGAGAAGCCUGAUACAACAGAGGAUGGGCAUGCCAGCAGCACAAAUGAGUGGGCCACCUUGAUUAAACGGUUGCGGCCCUCAGCUGAGAACCUUUCAGCGAUCAAGUCAGGCAUGGAGAAAACAUACACAUGUCGCAGAUCCUGGAUUACUAAGGACUCCCCCACUGUUGCCGAAAUAUUCAACGAGUACCCACGGUUUUUGGACAUGCCAAGUCUGCUGGACUCAGAGUUUGGCAAACUUACAGGCGGAAAGACGGACCUCUUUUUACGAAGAUGGGAGGCCAACAUCAUUCCCAAACUCAAAUCAGUGGCUGCCUUGGAACCAAGAGUGUCCUCUCUGUUGAAGGGUAUUGAAGAGAAAACUGAAGAUGACACGUGCUACACUUUCCUAGUGUUGCUAACACACCUGCUGCCCCCGGUUGGUGCCAGUCGUUGCAGUCUGAGAUCUGCAAUAACCCACCUGGUUGAUUUUACACCACCUGGAACAAGUAUUGCAUCACUUUGCAAUGAUCCUGCAGCACCAUCCACAACUCACCAACCACAGCUGAUAUGCAUCGGUGAUCUGAAGUGUACAACCAAGCAGUAUGUCAUUGUUGCUAAGAAUGACAAAGUAACCAUUCCUCUGGAUGAUGGCCUGACGUGUUCUGUGGAUAAGCUUUUUAAACUGUACUGGGUGUGUAAUUUGUCAUACCCAGCACCACUCAGCUCUGUCUUCACCUUCUUUGAGUAUGUCUACGACCUGCCAUUCUCUACACAAAGGAAAACCAAAGUACUGGAGCUGAUUUCACAGCUUAAAGCAUGCAAGUAAAGCAAAAUGUUCACCUGUCCAAAA